AUGGUUAACAAGGCUAUUGUUGCUUCUCUCCUCAUCGGCGCUGCCAUGGCUGUGCCUUAUCCUCCUUCUGCCACCGAUGGUGUUCGCCACCCCGUGCCCAAGCACGCCUACCCUCACAAGAAGCGCGCUACUGGCGAGACUGUCAACAACUCUGUGGCCCGUUUCGACAACACUAACAUCACUGACGGUGUUGGCGAUGGUGUUGACUCCUACACCCUCUACCUCGGAGACGGCAGCACCGGCGCCGGCUGGCCUGACCAGAGCCGCUGGGUCUCUUUCGAGAACAUGUUCAACAACUACAAGGACACCAUGUUCUCCUCCUGCGCAAACAUCGCCGGCCAGGCCAACGACUCCGGCCCCGAGGUUGGAGCUAUCUGGGAUGGUAUUCAGCAGGCAAGCGCUGCGACCGGAGUCGACCACCGCUUCAUCCUGGCUGUUAUCAUGCAGGAGUCUGGCGGCUGUGUCCGUGUUCAGACCACCAACUUUGGUGUCCGCAACCCCGGUCUCAUGCAGGACCAUAAUGGUGCGGCGACCUGUAACGAAAACGGUGAUGUGCAGAACCCGUGCCCUUCUGCUACCAUCUACCAGAUGAUCAGCGAGGGAACUGCUGGAACCAACGAUGGUGAUGGCCUUGCCAACUGCAUCAACGAGUCUGGCGCCAACGACGUCUCUGCCUUCUACAAGGCCGCCCGUAUCUACAACUCGGGCUCCAUCUCCUCCACUGGAGACCUCCAGAGCAACAUUGCCACUCACUGCUACGCCAGUGACAUUGCCAACCGUCUGACUGGUUGGGUCAACGCUCCCAGCGCCUGCACUUGCGACAGCAACCCCAGCAGCUGCGGUGUCGUUCUGUUCUAA